AUGGGUUUUCGAAUUUUUGGUUCUUUCUUGAUUCUAACGCUGCUGAGUGCUAAGGCCUUGUUUGGCCAACAACCCAACACAGACGAGUCAUUUAUUCUUGAAUUCUUGCAAAAAAUGGGCUUAAACUCCCCACAAGACAAUGGCUUUUCUGGUUCAUUUUGUUCAUGGAAGGGUUUAGUUUGUGAUGACCGUAAAGAACAUGCCCUUGAGAUAGAAUUCACUGCUCUCGGUCUAUCUGGUCCAAUUCCAGAUUCCACAAUUGGAAAGCUGACAAAACUUGAAAAAUUGGAUCUCAGCAUUAACAAAAUCAAAGCUCUCCCAUCUGAUUUCUGGAAUUUGGGCUCUCUUCACACUCUCAACCUCUCACACAACCAAAUCACUGAAAAUCUCUCUAGCAACAUUGUUAAUUUUGGGCACCUUCAAAGUUUAGACCUUUCUUUCAACAAUUUCUCGGGCAGCAUCCCGGAAGGAAUUAGCUCGCUCGCUGUUUUGAAAUUUUUGAAUCUGAGUCAUAACGAGUUCGAAUCAGCUAUCCCCUUAGGUAUUUCUCAGUGCAAGUCUUUGGUCUCCAUUGAUUUAUCCGAAAACAAUCUGAUUGGUCAACUUCCUAAUGGCUUUGGUGCUGCAUUACCACAGCUAAGAUUCUUGAGUUUAGCUGGGAACAGUAUUUUGGGUCGAGAUUCCGAUUUUUCAAUAAUGGGAUUGAAAUAUCUCAACAUUUCGGGCAAUGCGUUUAAGGGUUCUGUGGUGGGUUUCUUUGGAGGCUCACUGGAAGUGAUUGAUUUGAGCAGAAACCAAUUUCAGGGCCACAUUGCAGAAGCAAAAACGUUCAACUUGUCGAAUUUGAUCUAUUUGGAUUUGUCCGAAAAUCAGCUUAGUGGGGAGUUUUUCUUUUUCACCGGCUUGAAUCACGCUCGAAACCUCAAGCAUCUCAAUCUAGCAUUCAAUAGAUUCGCCAAACAAGAACUCACGCAAAUCGACACGCUCGAAAAUUUAGAGUAUCUGAAUCUAUCGAGCACGAACUUGUUCGGUCAAAUUCCGAGCAGCAUGUCUCGUUUAUCCCAUUUAACAAUACUCGACCUUUCCCAUAACAACUUGACUGGACAAAUCCCGCAAGCUCUAAUAACCGAGCUUCACGAGAUGGAAAAGUUCAACUUCUCUUACAACAAUCUAAGUCUCUGUGGGGCACUUUUUCCCCAAGAAACCUUACACUCCUCCUUCUUCGGAUCCAUCAACAGCUGCCCGAUUGCCGCAAAUCCCGAUUUCUUCCGGAAGAAGAAAGCAGUGCCCAACAAACACAAGGCACUGAUAAUCGCCCUUUUGCUAACAAUCUCCAUGAUCUGUCUACUAGCCGGUCUGCUCGUUUUAGCCUUCAAAUGCCGCCGGAGAAAAACGAGUAUGUGGGCCGUUAAGCAAAAUUCAUCCUACGUGGCGGAAGAAGAAGAACAACAACAACACUCGUCAGUCUCGGGACCCUUCUCGUUCGAGACGGACUCGACUACUUGGGUGGCGGACGUGAAGCAAGCAACAUCUGUCCCUGUCGUGAUUUUCGAUAAACCGCUGCUUAACUUCACGUUCGCCGACCUUUUAUCCGCGACUUCAAAUUUCGACAGGGGCACGCUUCUCGCAGAGGGCCGAUUCGGGCCGGUUUACGGCGGGCUCCUUCCGGGAGGAAUCCACGUGGCGGUCAAAGUCUUGGUCAACGGCUCGACUAUGUCAGACGAACAGGCGGCAAGAGAGUUGGAAUAUCUCGGUCGGAUCAAACACCCGAAUUUGGUCCCAUUAACGGGUUACUGCGUUGCAGGGGAUCAGAGGAUUGUACUCUACGAGUACAUGGAGAAUGGAAAUUUACAGAAUCUACUGCACGACUUGCCGCUCGGAUUAAUUUAUGCUGCCACGGAGGAUUGGAGCACCGACAGCUGGCGGUUCAGGCAGAAGAUUGCGUUAGGGACCGCGCGGGCUCUCGCGUACCUCCACCACGGGUGCUCGCCCCCGAUUAUUCAUCGAGACGUGAGAGCUAGCAGUGUAUAUCUCGACUCGAAUUUGGAACCGAGGCUUUCGGAUUUUGGGCUUGCCAAGAUUUUUGGGAAUGGGCUCGAAAAUGGGCCGCUGGGCUAUUUGCCGCCAGAGUUUGACGGAUCGUUGCCUGACCCGACUACGAAAUCGGAUGUUUAUGGAUUUGGGGUUGUGCUUUUCGAGCUGGUGACGGGGAAAAGGGCUGCGGAGGAUUUUUACUCAGAGGAGAAGGAGGGGAAUAAUAAUCUGGUGAGGUGGGUUAGGGGGAUGGUGAGGAUGAAGCAAGGUUUACGGGCCGUGGACCCGAAGAUUUGUGGGUCCGGGCCAGAUGGGCAGAUGGUGGAGGCUUUGAAGAUUGGGUAUCUUUGUACGGCCGAGCUGCCUUCGAAGAGGCCGAGCAUGCAGCAGGUUGUGGGGCUGCUUAAGGAUCUCGAGCAGAUUACGGCUUAG